AUGGCAGAAUCGUUACCGAGACUACCGGAAACAACCAAGAUUCCUUUACAAAGGAAGGAUUACGAAAUACUCGCUCCAGCAGUCAAGCAGCAACACUCGGUCUCAACAAUACCUGUGAAGCAAUUGUACAACGAGGGCGGCCCUCAGCUUUGCGCCAUUGCAACCGCACCUUCAGUAAAAAUUGAUCGUCAGCUUAAAUCAGACUUAGAUGUAGUAAAAGAAGUUAAAAUUGAACUAAUCGAGUCUUCCGUCUACAACAACAGUGCGCAGUUAACUGUAGAAGCAAAUGUUGAGUAUCAUAUUCAAGAAAAUGCAGAUGUUGAGUUAUCGCCCACUACUGAUGAGUAUCAAGAAGGCACGCAUUUUGGAAGUAAAGACGUAGUUUUCGACUAUGAUAUUAUAGAAACAGAGAGAUAUCUAGGAUAUACACCGCCAGCACCGACGCCAGUGCCUUCUUUGGCACCGCUCGCUGUACUGGAAGUCGAUAUAGUGGAUGAAGAACCCGGUAAUGAGUCUGCAGCGGCUAGACCACUAACGCCUGCAUUAAGUAACGAUGACGUUUGUCGUCGGCGUAAAAAACGCAAUGCUACAGUUAAGAAGCUUAGCUCAUUUGAUGAACGAGAUAAAAUGAAUGAAAAGCCUACCACCUCCGCGCAAACAACAACUGAUGAAGCCGAACAUAACGCAGUAUGUCCCUGGGAAGAUGAAAACGUUAGCACCAAUGAUGGAACAUUUGUGAAGACAUAUGCUACGUUGGGAUAUUUAUGAAUAUUUAUGAACCAUCAUAAAAAUAUGCCACAGCUUACAAA